AUGCUUACCCCAGCCCCCAACUCAUCACCACCUUCUCUCCCCCCCCCAACGCUUCCCCAGCCCCCCCCAAUGCUUCCCCAGACCCCCCCCAACGCUUCCCCAGCCCCCCCCAAUGCUUCCCCAGACCCCCCAACGCUUCCCCAGCCCCCCCCCAACGCUUCCCCAGCCCCCCCCCAAAGC